AUGGCAAGGCAUAAGAUAGUUCUUUCGGUUUGUUUACUGAAAAGCAGAGUUAGUGUAGCGGUAGUAUGUAGUACAUCAAUCAGCACAGUACCCUACUCCCAGUUGCAGGCAAACACUCAACAGCAGUGCGAACUCAUGGAGGCUCAACCACAGGAGGAUGGGUGGCCACUCGGCCUAAGACCACUGAAUGCAAGAGUUGGGCUGGGGAGAAAUCGAGAUUUCAAUGGAUCCAUUUCUUUUAGCACUUUGCUCACUGCUUCUAACAGCUCCUCUGCUGAUUUUUCUUCAGAUCUUGACACUGAGUCCACUGGAUCUUUCUUCCAUGACAGGAGCAUAACACUAGGGAGUCUCAUUGGAGUAUCUAGCAUUCUAGAGCUCUCCAGAAGAUCAACUAGGGGAAGGACAGCUGAAACCGUAAGAGACUGCAAGAAUUACAAAUCAAAACCAUGGUUUUGCUCAAUAUGCUCAAGGCUAAGCACUGAUGCCGUUAACACAAACAAGAAUGCUCCUUCUCUUGGCCACUUUCUUGAAUCAGAGAGGAGAGCUGCUUCCAACAUUCACAGAAGGAAUAUGAUAUACGGACCUAGUGAUUUUUGCCCAAUUCUGCCCAACCACGGUCUGAAUUCUCUAUUUUUGGGCGAUGAGAUUGCCCCUAGGUCCAGUGUUUCAUUGGGGUUAGAUGGAGGUAAUGGGUAUGCAGCUCCAUUAAUAUUUUCAUGUUUUUGUGGGCAACUCAUUGAAUGA